UGUGAAUCAUAUUUAUAGUGGAUUCAUUAUUGGUAGGAAGGAAGAAGAACAGAGUAGGGAGGGAAAGGAAGAAGCUUUUUUCUUCUCCAAAUCCAAAAAAGAGAGCUCUCUCGAUUUGGAGGAGAGAUCUUUCUCUCUCUCUAUACACACAUCACUGUAUCGCCUCUCUCUGCAGAUUCCUAUAAUGGGUUUGUGGGAGGCCUUUCUCAAUUGGCUCCGUAGCCUCUUUUUCAAGCAGGAAAUGGAGCUAUCUUUGAUAGGACUUCAGAAUGCUGGAAAGACUUCUCUUGUAAAUGUUGUUGCAACUGGCGGAUACAGUGAGGACAUGAUCCCCACGGUAGGAUUCAAUAUGAAGAAGGUAACCAAAGGGAAUGUUACAAUAAAGUUGUGGGAUCUUGGAGGUCAACCCAGGUUUCGUAGCAUGUGGGAGCGAUACUGUCGUGCAGUUUCUGCUAUAGUCUAUGUUGUUGAUGCUGCUGAUCCUGAUAACUUGAGCACCUCAAGAGGGGAGCUUCAUGAUUUGCUUAGCAAAUCUUCACUUAAUGGUAUCCCAUUGCUGAUCCUGGGUAACAAGAUUGAUAAACCAGGAGCUCUGAGUAAACAAGCUUUGACUGAUGAAAUGGGACUCAAGUCAAUUACUGAUAGAGAAGUAUGUUGCUUCAUGAUCUCAUGCAAGAACUCCACCAACAUAGACUCGGUUAUUGAUUGGCUUCAACUCCAGAAACACAACCGCAAACUCAACCGCCUCAACCAACAAGACCCACCUCUCUCCGAGUCUCAAAGCCAAGCCCUUUUGGAAGAAACCCACUUCCAAACCCUCAAAGCAGAGUACAGGGGAUUCACCAGAGCCGUCAGAUCAAAGAAUGAAUUGACGGUUGGGAUGCCUUGGGAGGGUGUGGAGAGAAUUGGGUUCAGGGAGCUGGCGAGUGGUGCUGGGGAGUAUGGUGGGGAGAAGCUGAAGAGGGAGGAGCUGAACAAGUUGAGGGAAAUGUUCGAAACCCGAAAAAGGGAGGAGAUGAAAUGGGUGUUGGAGGAUGAUGUGGAGAUGAAUGAGGAGUGGUUUGAUGAGGGGAGUAAGGUUUGGGACCCGCCUAAGAGGCGGCGCAGCGAGAGGGAAGUGGUUGAGUUUCUUGUUGAGAGGCUUAGUGGGACAGAGUUUACAAUGAGGGACUGGAAGCUUUCGAGGAUGAUGAAGCAGUCGGGUUUGGAGUUCAGUGAGGGUCAGGUUCUGAAGGUUCUGAAUGGGCUUGCUGCUAAGAAAUGUUGGAAGCAGGCAUUGGCUGUGGUGGAAUGGGUUUAUAAGGACAGGGGUAAUAAACACUGCAAAAGCAGGUUUGUAUACACAAAGCUUUUGGCAAUUCUUGGGAAGGCAGGAAGGCCCCAGGAAGCUCUUAACAUUUUCAACAUGAUGCGUGGAGAUUGUCAUAUAUAUCCAGAUAUUGCUGCCUAUCAUAGCAUUGCUGUUACACUCGGUCAAACAGGUCGUCUGAAGGAAUUACUAAAAGUUAUUGAAUGCAUGAGGCAGAAACCUGUCAAAAUAAAUAGAAAUAUGUUUCGCAACUGGGACCCUAUCCUUGAACCCGAUGUAGUAGUGUAUAAUGCUAUACUGAAUGCUUGUGUUCAAUCUCAUCAGUGGAAGAGUGUAUAUUGGGUGUUUAACCAGUUGAGAAAGAGUGGUCUGAAACCUAAUGGAGCAACUUAUGGGCUUGCUAUGGAGGUAAUGCUGCAAUCUGGAAAGUAUGACCUCGUGCAUGAGUUAUUUAGAAAAAUGAAAAAAAGCGGAGAAGCUCCGAAAGCUCUUACCUAUAAAGUUAUUGUUAGAGCUUUAUGGUGUGAAGGAAAAGUGAAUGAAGCUAUUGAAGCAGUCAGGGACAUGGAACGAAGGGGAGUGGUUGGGACUAGUGGCGUAUAUUACGAGUUAGCUUGUUGCCUUUGCAAGAGUGGUAGGUGGCAGGAUGCUCUGUUACAGGUUGAGAAGAUGAAAAAUGUAACUAAUACUAAACCUUUGGAGGUCACCUUCACAGGCAUGAUAAAAUCUUCCAUGGAGGGUGGACAUAUUGAUGACUGUGUAUCCAUAUUUGAACACAUGAAGAACCAUUGCAGCCCUAACAUAGGGACAAUAAAUACAAUGUUGAAAGUCUUUGGACACACUGAUAUGUUUUCCAAAGCUAAAGAAUUGUUUGAAGAAACUAAGGCUGCUAAAUCUGAUUCUGACCCUUCGCUGGAAGGUGGUGGUAGUUCUCUUGUGCCCGAUGAGUACACAUAUACCUCAAUGCUCAAGGCAUCUGCCAGUGCUCUGCAAUGGGAAUACUUUGAAUAUGUGUACAAGGAGAUGGCUCUCUCAGGAUAUCAAAUAGAUCAAAGUAAAAAUGCAUCAAUACUCAUGGAAGCAUCCAGAGCUGGGAAGGGGUACCUACUAGAGCAUGCAUUUGACAGAACAUUGGAAGCCGGUGAAAUCCCCCAUCUAUUGUUCUUUAUUGAAAUGGUAUAUCAAGCAACAGCUCGGCAUGAUUACAAGAGAGCGGCAACUCUGGUUAAUACAAUGGCUUAUGCCCCAUUUCAAGUCAGUGAAAGGCAGUGGACAGAUGUUUUUAAGAAAAAUGAAGACGGGAUCAGUCAGGAUGGUUUAAAGAAACUGCUGGAUGCUCUAGAGCAUUGUGAUGUAACAUCGGAAGCCACACUCUUAAACUUGAAAAGGUCUUUGCAAAGUCUCUGUUGGUCUUAUACAUCAAGAGACUUCUCAGAUUCUGUAUCAGUAUCAUCUUUAAAUGAUAAUGAUGAGGGAUCUGACGAUAAUGAAGGGCUCAUUACGCCAAAUCAUUAUUUAGGAUAUAUUAAUGGUAAGAUGAGUCCUGGCACUGACCCUCCUGAUGACAGUAGUGAUGCUCCUGUCAAUGAAUUUCCUCACCGCAGUAGUACCAGGAGAGAUGUUGCGGCUGAUAUAGAGAUAGUUUCCAGGCCAUUGGAUUAUAUUUCUGAUGGAGGACUAGAAUCGACAGAAAUUGAUGAGGAAAUCGAAGCACUGAUAUAUAAAGAUGAUUCUCACAAAUCUCAUCUGCCCUCAGCAAAGGAAAUAAUGAAAGAUUGGAAGGAACGAAGGAAAAAGGGUGGGAUACUCGUUCCCUUUCAACUCGGCAUGUAAAUAAGAAAAGUAUCGACGGGUAUGCAUCAGCUCCCCCAAUAUAUGUAAAAAUGCAAAUAAUUUUGAGGAAAUCAUUAAUCAUGUAUUCUUUCUUCCAGAAACUCUUGUAUAUUAUUUCUAUAUAUGAAUAGCAAG